GUCUGUUGGUUAACGCCCACAAAGUUACUCAGCCAGGUGACAGCUGAGCCAGCAGGGAGACAGCACGGCAGCUCUCUGCACAACCAGAUUACUUAACGGCAUUUAAAGUCGAGCACACACAGUCACUAGUUAAAUAUCACGUUUAUAAAUAGUUUUACGUGAACGCAAUCUUAGCGCCUCUCUUCCGUUAUCAGCGCGAGGAACCUCGACGACGUUAGCCUGUGACGUCGACUUGUCGUAUUUGGCUGUUGUUGGUGUUUGUGUCCAGGUAACGUUUUGACAGCCACGGCCAACAUGUCAGACCCGGCCCUGGAGGCGAAGCUGGAGGUGAAACAGGCGAGCAAAGAGGCAAAAGAGAGCGAAAACGUAGCGGAGAAAUACUCAGCAAUGACCGUAAGCAAAAACAGCGAGAUGAACAUGGGAGAGCUGUCGGCCGUCCUCACCGCGGUGCCCACUCACAAACCAGUUAAAAAGCAAAUCCAGUUUGUGGAGGACAAGCAGGAGUUCAGCAGGUUCCCGACCAAGGCGGGCCGCCGCUCCCUGUCCCGCUCCAUCUCUCAGUCAUCCACAGACAGCUACAGCUCCGCUGCUUCCUACACGGAUAGCUCUGACGAUGAGAGCUCACCACGGGACAAAACACAGGUCAACACCAAGGGCAGCAGUGAUUUCUGUGUCAAGAACAUCAAACAGGCUGAAUUUGGCAGACGUGAGAUUGAGAUCGCGGAACAAGAUAUGUCAGCGCUGAUCUCACUCAGGAAGAGAGCACAGAGUGAGAAACCGUUGGCAGGUGCCAAAAUUGUGGGCUGCACUCACAUCACUGCCCAGACUGCAGUGCUGAUCGAGACCCUGGUGGCUCUCGGGGCUCAGUGCCGAUGGACUGCAUGCAACAUUUACUCGACACAGAAUGAAGUAGCAGCUGCCCUCUCUGAGACAGGUGUGGCUGUUUUUGCUUGGAAGGGGGAGUCUGAGGAUGACUUCUGGUGGUGCAUUGACCGCUGUGUCAACACUGAGGGUUGGCAGCCUAAUAUGAUCCUCGAUGACGGAGGAGAUUUGACGCACUGGAUGUACAAGAAAUACCCAAAUGUAUUCAAGAAGAUAAGAGGCAUUGUAGAGGAAAGUGUCACCGGAGUUCACAGGCUGUAUCAGCUGUCUAAAGCUGGGAAACUCUGUGUGCCGGCCAUGAAUGUAAACGACUCUGUGACAAAGCAGAAGUUUGACAACCUGUACUGCUGCAGAGAGUCAAUCUUGGAUGGCUUGAAGAGAACCACAGAUGUCAUGUUCGGAGGCAAACAGGUGGUCGUUUGUGGGUAUGGUGAGGUCGGGAAAGGUUGUUGUGCCGCCCUGAAAGCUUUGGGAGCUGUUGUCUACGUUACAGAGAUUGAUCCCAUCUGUGCCCUGCAGGCCUGCAUGGACGGAUUCAGAGUGGUGAAGCUGAAUGAGGUCAUUCGCCAGGUGGAUGUCAUCAUUACAUGCACUGGGAAUAAGAACGUGGUGACCAGAGACCAGCUGGACCGAAUGAAAAAUGGCUCCAUCGUCUGCAACAUGGGACACUCCAAUACUGAGAUUGAUGUGGCAAGUCUGCGGACGCCUGAGCUGACCUGGGAGAGGGUGCGCUCUCAGGUUGAUCAUGUCAUCUGGCCAGAUGGCAAGAGAGUAAUUCUCCUGGCUGAGGGACGUCUCCUGAAUCUCAGCUGCUCCACUGUCCCCACAUUUGUCUUGUCCAUCACAGCCACCACUCAGGCCCUGGCCCUCAUAGAGCUGUACAACGCUCCCGAGGGACGAUACAAGCAGGAUGUUUACUUGCUUCCGAAAAAGAUGGAUGAAUACGUUGCCAGUCUGCAUCUGGCCACUUUUGAUGCUCACCUGACUGAGUUGUCUGAUGAACAGGCAAAAUACCUUGGUCUGAAUAAGAACGGGCCCUUCAAACCCAACUACUACAGGUACUAGUGUGCAAAAUACGCCACUGCCACACCUCAGAACAACAAUGUGUGGACAAUUCCUGAUCCCACGUGUCCUCCAGAUGAAAGACAGAUUUAUGUAUAUUGUGUUUUAUACUUUUCUCGGGAUGCACAGCUUCUAUUUACUGGUAUUUUAACGGCCGCAGCAGGUGUUGCUUUACUUGCUGCUUCCUACAGAUGAUGCACAUGGCACCAAGCUAGUUAUGAAAAGUUAGUUUAACAAGAGCACUCGGCACACAAGAUGUUUUUUGCAUGUGUUUCUACACCUGCUGGUUCCUUUCUGAUAGCCAUUGAAUAAUAAAUCAAUAUUUUGUGCCAAAUGACUGUGAGGAGGGAAGGUUACAGAUGUUGAGAUAUGAACGGUUAGUUGACUCAGUUAAACUCAUAUUAAGCGCUAUUUUUUAUAUACAAGCACUGUAUCAAAUUCCUUUCUAUAAUGCAACGUGGGUCAUAUGAAAGGCCAAACACAAUACUGUUUUGUCACUUUUUGCUCAUGGUUUCAUUAACCUUGUAUAUAAAACCUUGCAGCCAUUUCCAAAAAAAUGAAAAUAUAUAUCUAGAUUUGCAGAAAUAACAAUUAUAGUAAUAAUGUUUCGUCUACUGAUCCCUCAUGAGGUAGUUCUUUUUCUGCAUUUGACCCAUCCUUUUGUACACACAGUAGUGUGUGCACUCAGAGCAGUGGGCCGCAGUUGGUGGUUAGAGACUCAAGGCCCUUCAGCCAUGGACGUGGGAAGCAAACCUGUGACCUUUAAGUCCCUAAGCUACUUCUCUAGCCACUAUACCACAGCUCCCCACAAUGAGAACCGAAGAAAACUCCAUUUAGGUGGACCAAACUAAAGCUACCUAGAUACUGAAUAUUUUAUAGGCAGUCAUCAAACUUGGCUGUCAUGAAAUAUUCCUUUGUGUCUGCUUGAUACUUACAGUAAAAGUAGGUAAUUGUUUGCUUCUAGAUGAGCCAUAACAAAGUGAUAAGCUGACUGUAAAUCAAAUAUCUAUUCCUGUGUGUUUUCUGCUGUCCACUAGUCAGAAGUCGCUCUUUGACGCUUUUGUUUUUUUCUCUGCUUUGAUAUCGAAACAAUUAUUCACUCAUUACAUUCCAUUCACAAGAUAAAGAAGACAUGUGCUGAGCUCUAUAGCAUCAUCACCAUUAUUCCUAACCUCCCACAGAUGUGUGCACAUGUGCUGACCAUAGAAAACAUUAGAGGAGAGCAUGGCGUUUAUUCCUUGAAAUUGUCCAUUUAUGAGGCUUUAGGGUCUAGUUAGAGUAGUUUCUGCACCUCAGGGCAUUCAGAUAUGUCAAAUGAUUUGUAAAUAUAUUGUUUACCUCUUCACUCUCUGGUCUUAGUAUCCAUGUCUAAUUUCACUCUCUCUGCCAUAAAAUGACUAUUUACGGUAGAAACUUAAAUACCUACAGAGAUUUUUAUAAUCCGUGGUCAUUGUCAUCUGCUCACCAGAGUAAAUCGACAUUUCCAGCGACAUUUAAUCUGUGUAAAGCAUUCUGACCAUUGUUACAUACAGUAUAUUCAUACUGUACGCCCUCUGAUGAGCCAUUGUCUGUAUAGUAUUUUUGGUUAUAUUUGUCACAGGACACUGAUGUUGUGUCAGCUAGAAGAUGUCAGUUUUUAUGAAAUAACUUUAACCACAGAAGAAUAAACUAAAAUCUCCAAAUGCUAUGGGGCUAGAAGUAGAUAUUAUAUGUUGGCGACGGAUUUAAUGAAGCAGUGGUGUUAGCUUUACUUUCUGUGUUAUCUUGUAGUAUUAUAGUUAUUCUGAUAACAUCAUGUCUUUUGUUUCCAGAAGACUUUUUAUUGUUUUGUUUUUUUUUGCUAGAAAGGAUGCAGCACUGUUUUGUGAGGCUUGCUAAAUGCAGUUCACAUUUACUUCUCUAUAUUCACAUGGUUUUUAAAAUAGUGUGCACAUCAGAUGACUUAGUGAAGUGAUUCGUAUUUAAUUAAAACUACAUAAUGUGCAGGUAAUUGUGACUUUAUGCAUUUUUGACAUUCUGUAUUAGACACUGGUGGUCUUUGGGCUGUUUAAGACAGUAUUGCUUUCCCCACCAAGUGUGUCCUGCUGCGUCACCUUUAAAAAAAAAAUACAGGUGCUUUCAUUUGUGCUGUAGAGCUGAAUGAAUAAGCAGAUUUUUAUCAGUUAUUAAAUAGUAGUCAACAGUGUGCUACUGUGAAGUGCUUUCAUCUUUGCACUAACAGCUUUAAGGGCAUUAGAGCCAAGGACUUUGAGCGAGGACAUCAUUGUCAGCAGCAUGAGCGCUGUAACCAUGGUUACUGGUCAGUUGACAGUGCCUUGUAACUCCUUUAAUAAUUUAUAUUCACAUGUACAACUGUGCGUCUCUCCAAGUAUGCUAAUGCCCAACACUGCUGUUAUUUUGCAAUAUAUAGUGAUAGCUAUGCAGCAAACAUCCUCAUCCUGUCAAAAGUAUUUCACGUCUGUGAUGGUGGGGAGUUGUAUAACCAGUGUUUCCCUCUACUCAGAACAUAUGCUGGUAAUUAUUGCAAACUGUUUGAGAUAGUAGUAAGUAACAUCAUACAUUCAGUUAUCUUUGUACACUGAUUUUAAUGUUUGUUUUUUAUCCCAGUUUUGUGUGUAGUAACCGCCGUACAUCAGAGUUUCACAAUAACACUUGUGAUCUGUCUCUUUCUAUAAUGAAGUCUCUUGUUUUAACUAAUAAUAAUGGUCGUUUAAACUGAGCUCAAACUCAGUUUAUAGAGACAAAUGAAUGUCUUAUUGCUGAAGCAAACAGGUUGACUCUUGACAAACUGAAGUAAAUACCACUGUGAUUUGACAAUUGUAUAUUAUUGCUGGUUUUACGUUUUUGACAAAGUUGAGAUAAAGGUCUGUGAAUGAUGUAUUGGUUAUAACGGAGGCCUCUAUUUUCAACACAGUAGUUUCAAGAACACAAUUUCAGCAGUAUACACUCUAUUAAAUUCUGUGCACUGUUAUCUUUAAUAAACCAAUGUUUAAAUCUGAAAA